GCGGAUCAUCCCUAUGUUGCACGUGUAUAUUAACUUUAUACCGGUGUACUUUAAAAUCAGACCGCACUUUGUAUCUAUGGGGAGUUGGUUGUAUAAGCACAGAGUGGGAUGCAAUAUCAACCAUAUUUGCGGUUGCUCUGCUGUGAGCUAGGUUCUUGAGUUCGUUCAGAAUGGUUUCUCGUGCUCACAUGAAUGCCGUUAUAAUGCUUGUUCUUUUGUUUCGAUCAGUUUGUGUUCGCAGUUGGAAUUUUAACAUAGAAAGUUACAGACAAUCCCUGGCUUGUGGGCGUGGAUGCGUUAAGUGCGAUGAGACCAACGGUUGCUUACUUUGUCGGCGAAGAAUGUUUCUUUACAUCAGCAUGGAACGUGGAAGGCAAUAUGGAACCUGCAAACACGAAUGUCCAGAGGGAUAUUUUGGACAACGAGGGAGAGAUAUGAACACAUGCUCAAAGUGUGAAGUAGCGAACUGUAAGACAUGCUUUACGAGUGAUUACUGCACAACCUGCCAGGACAAGUUUUUUCUGGAUUCGGAAAACGCAAAAUGUGUGGAAGAAUGCCCGAGCCAUUUAUAUGCGAAUCCUCACAACGGGAAAUGCGAAGAUAAAGUUGAUUGCGUGGUUGGACCUUGGUCUUCCUGGGGUAAAUGUGCGCGCAGGUCAGCUUCCCGUUCAUGCAAGUAUGGAAGAAAGAAAAGAACGCGACAAAUCCUUCAGCAUCCGACAGAAAAUGGGAGGAAAUGCGGAAAACUACGGGAAACGAAAAAAUGCAAAACACCAUCUAGUGAAUGCAUCUGUGAGUGGAAUAGAGACAUGAUCAACAAAUGGAUCCAAAAAAUGGAAAAAAGAAUGAGACAAAGACGAAGAAAAAAAGAGAGAAAACGUGGAAAGAAGAGAAAUAAAAGAAAAAAGACAAUUCAAGACAAUAGUACUAUUCCACGCUUGAUUGGACACACAAUAGAAUUCAAAAACGUGACGUCAUCGGUGUUGGGUCAAACAGAACGGUGACGCAACGGUGACGUCACAUUUGGAUUAUUAAAAGCGUGACAAUGCUCACCAAGUUACGACACCGGAA